GUCGUCGGUCCCGCCGUCUAGCGCCCCCGCCCUUCCGCCGUCGCGCCGCUCCGGCCCCGGCCUUCGUCUCGCCAUGUGGAGGCCGCUGCGUCCUGCUUCAACGGCGGCUAGGGACUUGGAUCAGGAUGCUCAUCGCCCGGAAUGGGACUUGGAUCAGUCGGGUAUUGGAUCGAUGCGCCAUCGGGUGGUUCCUCCAAUAGGCGUCGAUGGUUGGAAGGCACAAGGUCUGUUCAUCGGUGAGCAAGUCACCGAUGAGGAGGUCUGCACAGAUGGUACGCAAUCAGUUUAUUUCACUGACCUCCUAGUAAAUGAUGUUGAUGAAUCUCAAUUUGCCGCACCUACUAGUGAUCCAAUCUCCAAUGGAGCUCCAACAGCUGCCAAGAUUUCUCAGGGUAGGACCAAAAAUUUCACUACUCAGGAGGACAUCCUUCUUGUGUCAGCUUGGCUGAAUGUGGGCAUGGAUCCUAUUCAAGGAGUAGAUCAAUCACAAGGCACAUAUUGGGCAAGAAUACAUGAAUAUUUCCAUGCCAACAAAGAGUUUGAGUCAACGCGUUCUGAAUCCUCUUUAUUGAAUCGUUGGUCCGCAAUACAACAUGAUGUGAAUAUUUUCUGUGGAUGUAUGUCCAGAAUAGAGGCUAGGAACCAGAGUGGUUCCAGAGUUGAUGACAAGAUCGCAAAUGCAUGUGAAUUGUUUAAGGAGGAAGACAAGAAGCAUAGGAAGUUUAACUUGAUGCAUUGCUGGAAUAUCCUGAAGGACAAGCCCAAGUGGAUGGACAAUCGGAAGAAAGUUGGAUGUGCCAAAAAACCAAGCAAUAAGAAACAGAAGACAGUGGCAAAUUCAAGUCCUACAUCAGUUGAACCUGCUGAUCUUGAUGUCUAUUGUUCUGAUGCUCAACCAUCUGUAAGACCGGAUGGAAAGAAGGCGGCAAAACAGAAGCUACGACAGGGUAGAACCAUAGAAGCAGUGGACUAUCUGAUGGAAAAGAAGAAAGAAGCUGAUGUUGUGAGAGAGUUGAAGAAAGAAGAGAUGUGCAAGAAAGCCUUUGCUCUGCAGGAAGAGAGGUGCAAGAGAGCCUUUGCUCUGCAGGAAGAACGGAACAAAUUGGAGAGAGAAAAGUUUGAGUUCCAGAAGAAAGAAGCUGAGAAGGCUGAGAAGGUGGAAGAGGAGAGAAUUCUAGGUUUGGAUUUGAGCACAAUGAACUAAAAUCAGCAGAAAUAUUAUGAAUGGCGUCAGAACGAGAUUCUCGCUCGACGUUGCAAUAUCUAGAAGUUCAGCUCGUAGCGUAGUUCAGUUUCUGAAUGUUCAGCGUCCAGUGUCUGUGUGUUCAGUUCUGUUCUAAAUGUUUAGACUUCAGAGUCUGUGUUCAGUUCUGUUCUAAAUGUUCAGACUUCAGAGUCUAGAGUCUGUGUCGAAGUUCAGUGUCUAUGUGUGUGGCAGUAUGUGUGAUAUAGUAUGGUCCUAAUUUCAGACGGACAACAUUAUGUGUGCGGCAGUUUAUGUUUGAACUUCAGUUUCAGGGUCAUGCUAUUA